CAGAACAAAUAUGUUUCCUUGUCCACUUUUGUGUGACACCGAUUUGUUUACAGAAUAAUGUAGAAUUACAUAAAAUAAUAUAAUUUUAGACAAAAUAGUUUGUUAAAGAAAUAUUUAUUGUAUAUUUUUUGGACAAAAUAGUUUUAACAUUGCAACCAUGGGUCAAUUCAGUGAUUUCUUAUCAAGAAGCAAAAGUGCUGGUUAUAUACCAGAAAUGGAACAAGUGAUUAGUCAAUUAGAAAGGGGCACUCUGGUAACAAAAUAUUCAUGGAAAAAGAAGGCUGAACGAAAAACCCUUGCAAUUAGAAGGGAAACAGGACAAAUAACUUGGAUAAGACCUACAGCAACACCAAAAAACACAUUUGAUGGGGCAGUCAAUAUAAGAGAAAUUAAAGAAAUAAGACCAGGCAAGAACUCAAAGGAUUUUGAAAAAUGUCUGGAAGACACAAAACGAAUAGAAAGUCAAAAGUGCUUUGUAGUAUUUUAUGGAUCUGAAUUUAAAUUAAGGAGUUUAAGCAUAUCAGCUUUGACUGAACUUGAGUGCCAGUUGUGGGUACAUGGUUUAAAAUAUUUAUUAAAUGAAACUAAAAAUUCUUCUUAUCCUCUUCAAGUUCAAAGAUGGUUGAGAAGAGAAUUUUAUUCAAUGGAAGGACCCAAUGAAGUGAUAACGUUUUCUGACAUGAAGGCAUUUCCACAAAGGCUUAACUGCAAAAUUCAGACAGCCAAAUUAAAAGAAUUAUUUAAUGAAGUUGACAACAGGGGUUGUGGUGAAAUAAGUUUUGAUGAUUUUGCUAUUGUUUACCAAAGAAUGCUUUUUAUUGAAGAUAAUGUUUCUGAUAUAUUUGACAAGCUUCCUCAAUAUUCAGCAUCAAUGCAACAUUUAACGCUCCAGGAGAUUUCUAGUUUUUUUGUUCAAGAGCAAAAGGAAUUUUUAGAAAAUGAUGACCGACAAGUUUCACAGUUUAUAUGUGAUUUUUUGAAAGAUGGAGAAAGAGAUAUUCAAGAGCCAUACUUAUAUGUGUCAGAAUUUAUUGAUUUUCUCUUUUCUAAACAAAAUGAUCUGUGGGAUCCCAAAAAAGAUACUGUCUAUCAUGAUAUGUCUAAGCCUUUGGCUCAUUAUUGGAUUGCUUCAUCGCACAACACAUACUUGACUGGUGAUCAGUUAUCCAGUGAGUCAUCACUUGAAGCUUAUGUUAGGUGUUUGAGAAUGGGAUGCAGGUGUAUUGAACUGGAUUGUUGGGAUGGUCCCGAUGAUAUGCCUUUCAUAUAUCAUGGUCACACGCUAACGACAAAAAUUAAAUUCAUGGAUGUAAUAAGAACCAUCAAGGAACAUGCUUUUGUUACAUCUGAGUAUCCUGUGAUUUUGUCUAUUGAAGACAAUUGCAGUAUCCAUCAACAAAGGAAGAUGGCUACAGCAAUGCAGGAAGUCUUUGGUGACAUGUUAAUUGUUCAACCAGUUUCCCCCACAGAAACUCAGUUACCAUCCCCUUUUGCGUUGCGUCGGAAAAUUAUCCUUAAACAUAAAAAAUUACCAGAAGGUGAAGACGAAUUUAUUAUGCCUUGUGAAUCCAACGAGCUAGAUUUAAGAAAAUCGGUUCGUAAUGGCAUUGUGUACAUUGAGCAUCCAGUGGAGGAGUGGAAUCCGUUCUUCUUUGUCCUAACCAACACUAAAUUAUUUUAUACUGAUGGUUACAAUUUGGAUAAUAAUGAAUCUGAAAGACAAGAUGAGGAGGAUGAAUCUCUUAAUAAUUUAUCUCAAAGAAUGGCCCUAAAUAACAAUGUGCCAAAUGAGGAGUUGCAUUUCAGUGAAGAAUGGUUUCAUGGCCGCCUGAAGAAGAAUAAUAACAACAAUGCAGGAAGGGAAGAGGCAGAAGCUUUACUAAAGGCUUAUGCUCACUUAGGCGAUGGCACAUUUUUAGUCCGUGACAGUGUAAUUUUCGUAGGAGAGUACAGUUUGUCGUUCAUAAGAGAAAACAAGGUGUACCAUUGUAGGAUAAAAUCAAAACAGGAAAAACAACAAACCAAAUACUACUUCAUUGAGAAUAGAACGUUCGACAGCCUUUAUUCCAUCAUUAAACACUACAGACAAAAUGAAUUGGUGACUCCUCAGUUUUCCGUGCAAUUAAAAACACCAGUACCUCAACCGAAAUUACACGAAAACGAAGAAUGGUAUCAUAAGAACAUGGGUAGAACCGAGGCUGAAGAAAUUUUAAGGAAAAACAGAGUUGAAGGGGCAUUUCUAGUACGUCCAAGCGAGAACGACGCGAACUUCUUUACUAUCAGUUUUAGGGCUGAUAGAAAAAUAAAACACUGCAGGAUUAAACUUGAAGGAAGGCUAUACACUAUUGGAAACGUGGAAUUUGAAAGUUUAGUGCAGUUAAUUAAUUAUUAUCAAACGCAUCCACUAUACAAAAGAGUUAGACUCAGUUAUCCAAUAACGGCCGAAGCAGUAAGGAUUAUGACAUCGGAGAACGAUGAAGCAGGUGCCUAUAGUUCUCCAUCUUACAUGGACCCCAGCGCUUUCGUUCCUAAAGUGACUGUAAAAGCAUUACAUAAUUACAAAGCGACAAGGCCUGAUGAGUUAACAUUUUGUAAGCACACUAUUAUUACGAAUGUAACCAAGUGCGACGAUUCAUGGUGGAAAGGCGAUUUGGGUGGUAGAAUUCAACAAUAUUUUCCUGCCUCUUAUGUUGUGGAAAUACCAUCUCAAAAUAAUUUAGAAGAAGGGACUGACGAGGGUUCACCUACCACCGGAAACAUAGAUUUAAAUGGGGCUAUUGUGAAGAUGUACGAAAACACCAGCGCAUCAAGCGGAGUUAAAUGGAUUUUAAAAGUGGAAACACCGACAGGUCAAACUCCUUUUGAAUUUGGCCAUCAGAGUCGCGAAGAAGCAAUGGAAUGGCAUGCGGCAAUAAGCGAAGUGGCACAACGAGCAUGCCAACUGGAGAACCAACAUAGAGAAUUAGAAAGGACGUUUAAAAUCGCCAAAGAAAUAUCCAAUCUUAUCAUUUACUGUCGGUCGAUCACUUUUAAUUUGGAACGGGCUAAAGAGAAAGGUUUUAUUCAUUACGAGAUGUCUUCUUUCAUUGAAAAUAAAGCAGAAAGGCUCAUAUGCCAGACAGAAAAACGAUUUUUCUUAAAUUAUCACCAGCACCAGUUUUCAAGGGUGUAUCCUAAGGGUCAGCGAAUUGAUUCUUCCAAUUACAAUCCAAUUAACAUGUGGAACUGUGGCUCGCAAAUGGUGGCCUUAAAUUAUCAAACUGGCGACAAACCCAUGCAGUUAAACCAAGCUAAAUUUCGGGACAACGGCAAUUGUGGCUACCUUCUGAAACCAGAUUUUAUGUUCAAUCCCGACUUUGAUCCGAAUGACAAGAACACUCUGGUUGGCGUCGAGCCCGUCACCGUUUCCAUUAGAAUUAUCGCCGGUCGGCACUUGUGCCGCUCUAAAAAAGGAACAGUUAGUCCAUUUGUAGAAAUUGAAAUUAUAGGAGCCUCUUUUGACUCUGGCGUAAAGAAGGUCACUAAGAAAAUAGUUGAUAAUGGAUUUAAUCCCAAAUGGAAUGAAGAAAUUUGCGAAUUUGUAGUAGCAAAUAAACAUUUUGCACUUCUGAGAUUUUUAGUUCAAGAUGAGGAUAUGUUUGGAGAGCCUAAUUUUAUUGGUCAAGCGACAUACCCUAUAACAUGUUUAAGAACUGGCUACAGAAGUGUUUGGUUGAAGAACGGAUUCAGUGAAGAUAUGGAGCUAGCAUCUCUUUUAAUACACAUAAGUAUAAAAAAUUAGUCUGUUCAUUAAGAAUUUUAAACAAAAAUAUUUAUUGUUCAAUUUUCAUUGUACAUUUCCAAUCAUUUUAAGGUGACAAUAACUCGAAGCACUUGUUAAAAAACCUACUUGUUAACUAGAAAUAAUAAUAAUAAAAUGGUAGCAUUUUUAAUAACGUAUAUGUGCAAUAACAAUUUAAAAUUUAAGUCCAAUUAAUUCUCAAUAUAUUCAUAUCAUAAAUCAUAUGUAUCAACAAACAAAAAUUUUAUGAAUAAAUUUAUUUGUAUUUUUUUACUUA